AUGGGGUAUACAACUGUAGAUGAUAUUGAUAUUGAAGAAGAUAGAUUUAUCGGGCUGAAAGAAAGAACUAGCAAAGUAGAUCGCGAUGCGAUACUCGGCCUAGGAGCAAAAAUCGGCCUAGGAGACUCUGAGCAUUUAUGGAUGCCACUUCCGCCUGAUUCUCUAGUUUUGAUUAAUGCCUUCUAA